UGGCGUAUGCUUGCGUCUGCGCAGUGAUCCGUAUCCUGUGAAAAUGGGUCAGAAGCAAUCUGGUGGAAGUGGUGGACAAGGUGGUGAUAAGUCUGACGAUAAGGAUAAGAAAAGGAAGUAUGAACCUCCUGUCCCAACUCGUGUAGGUAAGAAGAAGAGGAAAGCAAAGGGACCUGAUGCCGCAACCAAACUUCCACAAGUAACCCCACACACAAGAUGUCGACUAAAGUUACUAAAACUAGAACGAAUCAAAGACUACUUACUGAUGGAAGAAGAAUUCAUCAAGAACCAGGAGAGACUGAAGCCACAAGAGGAGAAACAUGAGGAGGAGAGAACUAAGGUAGAUGAGUUGCGUGGUUCUCCUAUGUCAGUGGGCAACCUGGAGGAGAUCAUUGAUGACAACCAUGCCAUUGUAUCCACAUCAGUUGGCAGUGAGCACUACGUCAGCAUCCUCUCCUUUGUUGAUAAAGAUCAGCUGGAACCAGGGUGUUCAGUCUUACUCAAUCAUAAGGUGCAUGCUGUGGUCGGUGUGUUGUCAGACGACACUGACCCAAUGGUGACAGUCAUGAAGCUGGAGAAGGCUCCUCAAGAAACAUAUGCCGACAUUGGUGGGCUUGAUAACCAGAUACAGGAAAUCAAGGAGUCAGUUGAACUGCCCUUAACCCACCCUGAAUAUUAUGAAGAGAUGGGAAUCAAACCUCCAAAAGGGGUCAUUUUGUAUGGCCCACCUGGGACAGGUAAAACUUUGCUAGCCAAAGCUGUAGCCAAUCAGACGUCUGCUACUUUCCUGCGAGUUGUUGGAUCUGAACUCAUACAAAAAUACUUGGGAGAUGGACCAAAGCUUGUUCGAGAACUCUUUAGGGUUGCAGAAGAACAUGCCCCAUCUAUAGUAUUUAUUGAUGAGAUUGAUGCAAUUGGAACGAAAAGGUACGACUCCAACUCUGGUGGCGAGAGAGAAAUCCAGAGAACAAUGUUGGAGCUGCUAAAUCAACUUGAUGGUUUUGACUCAAGGGGAGAUGUCAAGGUGGUCAUGGCUACAAAUCGUAUUGAGACUCUGGAUCCAGCUCUGAUUCGUCCUGGUCGUAUUGAUCGUAAGAUUGAGUUCCCACUCCCCGAUGAGAAGACAAAGAGGAGGAUUUUCACCAUCCACACUAGCCGCAUGACCCUGGCUGGUGAUGUCAACAUAGAUGACUAUGUCAUGGCUAAAGAUGACCUGUCUGGGGCUGAUAUCAAGGCUAUCUGCACUGAGGGUGGCCUGCUGGCUCUGAGAGAGAGGAGAAUGAAGGUGACUGCAGAAGACUUUAAGAAAGCCAAGGAGAAUGUUUUAUACAGGAAGAAUGAGGGGACCCCUGAGGGCCUUUACCUGUGAUAUGUCAGUGUAUUCAUGUGUAUGUCAGUGUAUUGUAAUGGGGGGAUGCCACUCGCCAUAAACAUCAUCUUUAAACAUA